AUUGAAGCGCCCAGCGAAUGUUAAAAUUAGACCUAGAUACGAGGCGUUUCUUUUGAUGAUGUUUUAAUUUCCUCGUCACCACCCCACCCCACCCCGCCCAAUCCUUUUUGAACCUCCCAGCCUCCUCCCUAUUUGGAAGCGCGAGGAAAACCUAACAAGAACGCUUCGCCAUGUCCGUCCACUUCGCCAUGGACGACCAGGAUCUCGACGACGCCGAGCUCUGGGCCGUCAUCGACUCCGCCGCCGCCUCCCGCUCCCGCAAGACCCACCUCGCCCUCAAGAACACCAACUCCAUGAGCCCCGGCCCCUCUCCUACACCUCUGAAGCCAUUCAGAAACCCUAGAGCCCAUCUCUUGGCGGUGGAGGAGGUCAGGGCUCCGGCAGACGGGGAGGUGGUGGAGGAGGAGCACUGGACGCACCGCCGGCCGCCGAAGAUGGCGAGGCUUGUGGAUCCUGUGGCCAGUAACGAUCAUCGGAUGGUUGUCGUCAGGCAUCCGUCCCGGACGCCGUCGCCGUCGUCUGGGGUGGUGAAGGAGUUGAGCCCGGUGGUCGAGAGCCCGCGGCUGCCCGAUAGGUGGCAGAGCGAGGAGACGGAGAACCUGAAUCACAGCUUAUUUGGGAAAUUCCCCUCUGUGUCUUCCUUCAAGCAGUACCAGAAUGCAGCGAUGGCGAUCCUAGAGAAAACUGACUAUGUCAUGAUAUCUGGGAAUCCGUAUAUUAAGAAAUCAGGAUGGAGAAAGAUAGCAUUUUUCUUCAAUCUCUCAUUUGAAAUCAAGGACAAAUCCAUUGAAUUCGAUGAAAAUCGGAAUGUUCAGCGUGCAGAGUUUGUUGUUCGUGCAUUCAUGCAAGGUGGAAGGUUCUCAGAUGGGUGGGGUUCUUGUGAACGACGUGAGAAAAGGUUCUUGAAACCAAACCAUGAUAUUCCCAGCACAGCUGAAACCAGAGCUAAAAAUAAAGCCUGUCAAGACCUUCUAGGAAUUGGAGAAUACCGACCAGGUGUAAUCAAUGGCUUUCGGUAGGCGCAACAUUAAAUAUAAAGCUGAUAUUGUUGUUGUGAAGUUCUCAUAGAACUUGUAAAUUUUGAGCUGUGGGCCAGUUGAAAGUCCGAAACGGGUUGAUAGAGACUAGAUGCUCCAUGCAUUUGGUAGGUCAGCUGGAAAGCUGAAUCAUCCUCUUUUUCCCUUAGUAAAUUCUUGCUUUCUUUCACCUCACUGGAUCAGGAAGCUCACGCCACAUAUGUUUUUCUUUGGUCCGGCUCAUUCCACAAACUUUAAUGAUUAUGAAUGGACUCCACAAAUUGCACGCAGCUCUGUUUCUCUUUUCUGCCAUUCAAUUAGUUUUUCAGUCUUUCUCAGGGAAAAAAAAAAAGUUUAAGGCACUGUUGGCGAACAUGGUGUUGAGCAAACAUAAUACUCCGUAAUCCUUGAUGUCCACUCUGGUGUUUCUUCUAUGCAUGUAUUGGUUAACCUUUAUCUUAUUGUAUUUCUGUGAUCUAUUGGAUGAGGU